CACAACUUAGCGUGGUGCACGUUUCUUUUCAGUUCAGAUAAACACUUACUCAUUUUGAAACAUAAGCUUUAGCAAACUAUCGAAAAUGUCUAGUUUCACUUGUUUAAAUUGUGGCGUUCGAUUUGCCACUGCCGAGAUGCAGCGGGAGCACUACAAAACUCACUGGCACCGGUACAAUCUGAAGCGCAAACUUGCCGAGCUGCCGCCUGUAACGAUAGAGGAGUUCGAAAAGCGGGUGAAUCAGCAAAAAUCAGACGACGCGGCAGCCCAAGAGGAUCAGUCCGUCUACUGCAAAGCGUGCCGGAAGGUGUUCAAGUCAAAGAAUGCCCACGACAACCAUUUGGACAGCAAAAAGCAUCAGGAGAACUUGAAGCGGUUCAUCGAACAGAGUGCCAGCAGUCUGGCCGCAUCGUCAAAAGAUGCGAUGGAAACUGAGGUGGAAGUUACCGUGAAAUCGACGCGGGCAGCCUCCCGAGCAGCCGCUGCCGCCGCUGAGGCCGAAGCAGCAGGCGAUGCCGAAAUGGAAGGAGACUCCGACGAGUGGGAAGACGUGGAGUUUGACAAUCCGAUCGAGAACAACGACUGUAUCUUCUGUCCGCAGCACAGCGAGGAUUUAAUUGGAAACAUCAAGCACAUGUCGUUGGCUCAUUCCUUUUUCAUUCCGGACGCCGAGUUCUGCGUCGACGUAGAAGGAUUGCUUAACUAUCUGGCGGAAAAAGUUUGCCGGGAUUACAUCUGUCUGUGGUGUAACGAGCGCGGACGAACGUUCUACUCGAUUGAUGCAGUUCGCAAGCAUAUGACUGAGAAAGGGCAUUGCAAGAUGCUGCACGAGGGAGCUGCGCUAGCAGAAUAUGUUGACUUCUUCGACUACAGUAGUAGCUACCCGGAUCACGAGGAUGGCAUGGAUGUGGACGCGGAACUGGAAACACCGACCUCGCUCGACGGCGACGAGUAUCAGCUUGUGCUUCCCUCCGGUAACGUGAUAGGCCACCGUUCCCUUCUGCGAUACUACAAGCAACGCAUCAAUCCGAAUCGGGCAGUCGUGGUAAAGAAAUCGACCCAGAAGCUGCACAAGGUGCUAGCUCAGUAUCGGUCGCUCGGGUGGACGUCUACCCAGCAGGAAGCAGCGGCACGAAAUGCUCGCGAUAUGCACGUCAUGAAACGGCAGCAGGCGAAACUGAUGCAAAAGGUUGGGGUAAAGGCAAACAAACUGCAGCAUCACUAUCGUCCGCAAGUAAAUUUCUAAACGCGAGGAAGAUUGAUAAUGUUGGCCCAAUAAAUUACAU